AUGGGAAAACGUAGAGGGAAAGAUUUUGCUCAACGGUCUUAUGGCAAAAUUAAAAAUUCAAAUGACCCAAACAGAGGAUAUGCAACCCUUUAUGAUGAAUAUAUAAGUCCACAAGGGCAACAAGCUAUUUCACCUGCAGAUCGAAUAAUCAUACAAGACCAUGGAUUGGCUGUUAUUGAUUGUUCUUGGGCAAGAUUAGAAGACGUACCAUUUGCAAAAUUAAGAACGUUUAAUGACAGGUUAUUACCGUAUUUAGUUGCAGUGAACCCCAUAAAUUAUGGCCGUCCAUGGAAAUUGAGUUGUGUUGAAGCUUUUGCUGCAUGUUUUUAUAUUGCAGGUUUUCCAGAAUAUGCAGAACAGCUUUUGUCUAAAUUUAAAUGGGGUCGCGAGUUCUUCUCCGUUAACGGCGAUUUACUUAAUAAAUAUGCUGCGUGUAAAGAUUCUGGUGAGGUCGUAAAAGUUCAGAAUGAAUGGAUAAAAGAUAUCGAGGAAGAAUAUGCCAAAGCACGUGAAAGUGAUAAUGUUGAUUUGUUAGUAAGAAAUCCGAACCAUAGGUUUUUAGAUGAUAACGAUUCGGAUUCGGAUUCGGAUAAUAGUUCAGUAAAGAAUUUGGACCAGCCAAUAAUAGAUGAUGAUCUAAGUGAAAACUCUGAACUGAAUAUUACAAAAGAAUAG